CCUCGGGUAGCGCGAAUCUCAGGGACGAAGGGGCUGUUAACAGGGGGCGCCCGUUAGUGCGCAGGCGCCUCAGGAAGAGCUCGGUCUGGCUCCUGCGCCUUCAGGUCUCCGUCGCUCCCAAGACCCAGGAGCGCCGGGUUCCGCGCGCGCCGGGUUCCUCGUGCUGCAGAGAAGCGGCGGCAGCGGGAACCCUGACUACCCUCCUUCAGCAUGUUCACUAUGAAGUUAUUGUUGAUAUGUUUGUUUUCUGGACUUACAACUGGUUGUAGAGGGAACUCUUCCUGUACUUUGCCACCCAAGUUACUACUGGUAUCCUUUGAUGGCUUCAGAGCUGACUAUCUACACAACUAUGAAUUUCCUCAUCUCCAGAAUUUUAUCAAAGAAGGUGUCUUGGUAGAGCAGGUUAAAAAUGCCUUUAUCACAAAAACAUUUCCAAACCACUACAGCAUCGUGACAGGCCUGUAUGAAGAAAGCCAUGGCAUUGUGGCUAAUUCCAUGUAUGAUGUCAUCACAAAGAAGCAUUUUUCUGACAUUAAUGACAAGGAUCCUUUUUGGUGGAAUGAGGCAGUCCCUAUUUGGGUAACCAAUCAGCUUCAGGAAAACAGAUCGAGUGCUGCUGCUAUGUGGCCUGGUACCGACGUGCCCAUUCACAAUACCACACCUUCCUAUUUCAUGAAUUACAGCCCCUCAGUGUCAUUUGAGGAGAGACUCAGUAAUGUCUCCACGUGGCUGAGCAAUUCGAACCCACCUGUCACCUUUGCAACACUCUAUUGGGAAGAGCCAGACGCAAGUGGCCACAAAUAUGGCCCUGAAGAUAAAGAAAACAUGCGCCGAGUGUUGAAAGAAAUAGAUGACCAUAUCGGUGAGCUAGUUCACAAACUCAAGGUGUUAGGACUGUGGGAAGAUCUUAAUGUAAUCAUUACAAGUGAUCAUGGAAUGACCCAGUGUUCUGAGGACAAGCUGAUAAACUUGGAUCGCUGCAUCGACCCCUCAGACUACACUCUUGUAGACUUGACCCCCGUUGCUGCAAUACUUCCCAAAAUAAACAGAACAAAGGUUUAUAACAAACUGAAAGUCUGUGACCCUCACAUGAAUGUUUAUCUCAAAGAAGACAUUCCUGCCAGGUUUCAUUACCAACAUAAUGAUCGAAUUCAACCUAUUAUUUUGAUUGCUGAUGAAGGCUGGACAAUUGUGCUAAAUAAAUCAUCACCAAAAUUAGGUGACCAUGGUUAUGAUAAUUCUUUGCCUAGUAUGAAUCCAUUUCUAGCUGCCCACGGUCCUGCAUUUCACAAAGGCUACCAGCACAGCACCAUUAACAUUGUGGAUAUUUACCCAAUGAUGUGCCACAUCCUGGGAUUAAAGCCACAUCCCAAUAAUGGAACCUUCGGUCACACUAAGUGUUUGUUAGUGGACCAGUGGUGCAUUAAUCUCCCAGAAGCCAUAGGAAUUGUUAUCGGUGCGCUCUUGGUCUUAACCACUCUGACCUGCCUCAUCAUAAUCAUGCAGAAUAGACUCUCUGGACCCCGGCCGUUUUCCCGACUUCAGCUACAAGAUGAUGACGAUGAUCCUUUAAUUGGGUGACAUGUGCUGGGGUUUAUACAAAGUGGCUGUGAUUAGGACACACCCAAGGAAUGGUGUCACAACUAUGAAAAAGUAUACUUUGAAAGACAAAGAUCUUAGACCAAGCAUGCUACAAUUAUUUUGUUUUUCCUUGUGUUUUGUUUUGCGGCAUUAGCUAAUACAAAAAACUCUGACCGUAGAAAAAAUUGCUAGUAAAUCAUUAGUUAACACCAACUGUUUCCCUAACUAGAAAGGUUUUUUUUAAGAAAAAUACUGCCUUUGCCCUUUUUUUUUUUUUGCAACAAAGAUUAGACACAUCUAUAGAUGAAAAUAUGCAAAAAUUUAGUGGGUAUGCUUUUUGAAUAAAUUUUUACAUUUGUAAAUUAUACAACAGAAAUCUUUGUAAAAUGUGUGGAUUUUGUGUAUCAGGAAGGAAAACUUUCCUAUAUUUUUAUAUGUGCCUUUAAUAGAGUUUGUAUCCCAAGUAAACCCUUGAGGUAGGAAAUUCUCUGUGAUGGUUAAUUAAAAUGGAUCAAGCAGGCAGAAAAGAUCUAGCAUAUGAAGAAAUUAUUUUAAGAAAAACUAUUAUAAAAAACAAGCAAAGACCCCGUGAUACAAAGCCUAAGUCUUCUUCACCAGUGUGUCUUUGUUAAGACCCUUAAGCUAUUGAAGCCUCAAAAGUUAAACCUUUUGAAGAGUAUUGCUAAGAAGAAAUUAAGAAAAUAGGGAAACGUGCUUUUCUCACUUUGUACUCAAUGCCUUUGUGUAAGUUAUUUAGUUGUGUGUAUGUACGUACCAGUGUGUUGCAUGUACGUGUGUACAGACUUUGUGUGACUUACAGCAGGUGGUGGGAGGUGAGUGGCCUGGGAGCAGCCUCCAACAUCCCCAUAGAACCCAGCUCUCAGGAAAGGUUAUAACUGCACUUCACUUUCGUGUACUUUCUUCUAACUCACAAGGUAAAAUCAUAAUUUUUAAAAAUUCAUUAAUUUUUGUUACCAUUUUUAACUUUCUCAUGUUGUUUUUUGUAACCAGAGGUCUCCAGGUGCUGCUGAGAAAUGUAUGACCUGAUACAAAUCUGGUUUUGAUUGGGUCAGAAUGAGGAAAAGAGAUUUUUCUAUUUACCUUUGGGAAUUUUAUGCCUUACUUUUUAGGCUAUAGGGUAGCUAAAUUUAAAAUGGAAUUUAGUAUCUUUUGAUCUUUUACAUGAAUCAUAUGUUAAGUGGCUGAAGAAACUCUCAGGACUCUGUUAACCUUCAGUAGCCUGAACGCUGCCUCUGCGUUUUUCUCCCAUAUUUGGUUCAUAGAAAUAACCACUCCGCUCACAUUUUUUAAAACAUACUUGUUCAGAGCGAAGGAUUUGUUGUGAAUAACUGUUAUCCUAGCUUUGCUAAGUGGUACCUUCUAACAAUCAUAAUUAGUAGGAAGAAACUGAAUUGUGGCAGACGAGAUUCCAUCUGUUAGAGGAAAAAUUGAGCAGCUGAGGCAAGCAGUUAAUAUUACUAGUGCGAUCUUUAAAGUUUUGACAAUAUAAAGUAAGCUAGGGAACUGUUUUACAGACACAAAGAUAAUCUACAGUAAACAUGCAGCCCACUUAAAUGCUGAUUAUCCGUGGUGGUCAAGAACAGUGGUGCCAGUCAUCAAAUGUAAUUCAUCCUGUGGUCACUGCUGAUCUCCUGAUCCUGGUAUCUGGUGCCUAUUGUACUUGGGGUUCUUGAGAAGCACUUCUACACCCUGCAUGAAUAGUCCAUGCAUGCAGUCAUAGGUGACUGUAUUAAGGACAGCAUAAUAAAUAAAUAAAACCACCAGGGCUCAUUUUGCUUUUUGACAGAUUUUAUUUCUGAUGUUUUUGCCUCACAUAAAAGUUAUCCUAAAGGUUAAUAGUUGAUCUGAACAAAAUAACAGAAAAAUUUCUUUCUACUUCCAUUUCCAUUAAAAAAAAAAAAA